AUGAGAGCCUCACUCGCAGAACGGUUCCGCCCAGACAUGUGCUUUCACCUGGCCCAGACCUCCCGGCGCCUUCUUCCUCUCGACAAAUGUCGCCGCCGUGCCCCCGUGCUCGGCGUCGACCUCGGCACCGAGUACAUCAAGGCGUCGCUAGUCAAGCCCGGCAUUCCCCUCGAGAUCGUCCUUACCAAGGAGGCCCGCAGGAAAGAGGCUUCGUCCGUGGCUUUCAAGCCCGAGCGCGGCGAGCUCAAGGCUGGCGACUACCCAGAGCGUUUCUACGGCUCUGAUGCGCUCGCCAUGGGCCCCCGCUUCCCCGCCGACGUCUACUCAAUCUCAAGCACAUUCUCGCUGGAAGAGGACAAGGCCAGGGGCACCGUCUCCCUCAAGAGCAAGGCGUUCGGCGCCGACGAGGAGCCCUGGAUGGUCGAGGAGCUUCUUGCCAUGCAGCUCCAAAACAUUCGAAGCAACGCCGAGUUGCACGCCGGUGACGGAUCCACCGAAAAGCGCGCCUUUGAGCUCGCUGCCGACCUCGCCGGCCUCAAGGUCAUGAGCUUCGUGAGCGACGGUGUCGCUGUCGGCCUGCACUACGCCACCUCCAGGCAGUUCCCUAACACGAGCGAGGGCGAGAAGCCCGAGUAUCACCUGGUCUUCGAUAUUGGUGCCGGCUCCGCCUCCGCCACCGUUAUGCGCUUCCAAAGCCGAAAUGUCAAGGAUGUGGGCAAGUUCAACAAGACGAUUCAGGAGAUCCACGUGUUGGGCAGCGGCUGGGACAGGUCGCUUGGAGGCGAUGCCUUCAACAGCCUCAUCGUCGAUGAUCUCGUCAACCAGUUCGUCGAGAGCUCCGCCGGUCAGAAGGUGUCGGCUACGGCCGACAAGAUCAAGACUGGUGGGCGCACCGCCGUCAAGCUCUUCAAGGAGGCCGAAAAGGCCAGGCAUAUUCUCAGCGCCAACUCCAACACCCAGGGCAGCAUCGAGAGCCUCUUCGAGGAUGUCGAUUUCAAGUACAAGUUCACCCGCGAUGCCUUCGAGACCAUGGCGUCGACCCACGCCGAGACCAUCGCCACCAUUGUCAGGGCCGCUCUCCGCCAGGCUAACCUGGAUGUGUCCGACCUGACGUCCGCUAUUCUCAAUGGCGGUCUUACCAGGACUCCCUUUGUCCAAAAGGUCCUCGCCGAUGUGCUUGGCUCCUCGGAUUUGAUCCGCACCAGCGUCAACUCCGAUGAGGCGGCGGUGCUCGGUGCCGGCUUCAAGGCCGCCGAUCUUAGCCCCGGCUUCAGGGUCAAGGAAAUCCAGAUCUUCGACACCAGCAACUACGCCGCCGGUGUCAAGUACACCAACUCCAACGAGAAGCUGCAGCAUCAGAAGCUCUGGAACCCCACCUCCCACCUCGGCAGCACAGAGAAGCAGAUGGUCGGCGAGAGCGAGAACGACAUCAGUCUCCUGACCACCAAGAACCUUACUGCCAGCGUUACCGAGCUCAAGGAGAAGUACUCGUGUGAGGAUGGCGACAUCUCGUUCAAGCUCGGCGUCAAACUGGCUGGCGAGAACGGCGAGGUUGUGGUGACCAGAGCGAGCGUCGAGUGCGAGGGCGAGGUCACCGAAAAGGACACCAUCAUGGACGGCGUCAAGAACCUCUUUGGCUUUGGCAAGAAGGACCAGAAGCCCCUUGGUGAUGAUGCCGCUGCCGAUUCGGAGCAGGCGGCCGAGGGCGCCGCCGAACCUGCCGCCGAAGAUGCCGCCUCCGAGGAGAAGGGCUCUGAGGCGGCGGCUGAGGGCGAAGCUAAGAAGCAGCUCGUCACAAUCUCGGUCGACUUUGCCUUGGAAAAGGCUGGUGUUCCGGCCCUCCCCAAGGAUCGCCUCAAGAAGCUCAAGGACCGGCUCAAGGCCUUUGACGCAUCGGACAAGGCCAGAGCUCUCCGGUCCGAAACCAUGAACCAGCUCGAGGGUUAUACCUACAAGGUCCGUGACAUCCUGGAGAACGAGGACUUUAUCGGCGCUACGACCGAGAAGGAGCGCACCCAACUCCAGACGCUCGCCUCGGAAAUCAGCGACUGGCUGUACGAGGAGGGCGCAGACGCGCCCCGCGAGGAGCUUCAGAAGAGGCUCAAGUCUCUCAAGAGCAUCGUCGAGCCCGCCCAAAAGAGGGUUGACGAGGCCGCCCAGCGGCCCCAGGCUCUCGAUGACCUCAAGGAGGCCAUUAGCCAGACGGAAACCUUUGUCGAGACCGUCAAGAAGCAGAUCAAGGAGUACGAUGAUUGGCACGCUUCCGCGUCCGCGGCCGCGUCCGAAUCCUCCGCCGCUGCUCCCGAAGAGCCCUCCUCCAGCGCCGAGGCGGAGGAGGCCCAGACUGGCGGAGAGUUUGACGGCCUAGAGGACGACGCCCAGGUCACGGAUGUGCCGAAGCCUCCCACCAUGGAGUCCGUUCUCGAGGACCGCGGCCCCCUCGCCGCGGAUAUCAAGAAGUGGCUCGAGGACAAGGAGCCCAAGCAAAAGGUCCUCCCGCCCACGGCUGACCCGGUCCUUCUCGUCAAGGACCUCAAGACCCGGCGCGAGAAGCUCGACAAGGCGGGCAUGGACCUGGCCAUGAAGGGGGUCAGGAACUUUGAGGCCAAGAACAAGAAGGCGGGCGCCAAGAAGACCAAGGCCGACAAGGCGGAUAAGAAGACUAAGAAGGCCAAGGAUAAGGCCCAGGAGGGUCCCACGGAGGAGGAGAUUCAGGAGAUGUUGAGGAAGAUCCAGGAGGAGGAGGCUAGGGAUACGCAUGAUGAGCUGUAG